AACUGCUGUCAAAAAAGCUGUUCAAACUGAUCCCAACAGUUUACAUACCUUUGCUAAUGUAUUGUGUACAAUCAGUACUAAUGUAUCACUAGGACAGACUAUACUUGAUGAUAUUAGUAAGUAUUUUCCUACUCCUGAAGUGAGUGUAGUUCCUGAGACUAUUAAAGAUCAUGAUGUAGUUCCACAAGACACGUCUCCUUCUGAUGGAGCAGUUGCUAGUAAUUUAUUGUCACAACCUUUAUCACCUCAAGAUUUGACAAAUGUUCAAGACAAAGACAUGAAGCAUAUUAUAGCAACCACACAAUUAGCUCUUGAAGAUGAUGAACAGGACACUGGAGUGCCUUACACUCUAGAAAAUUACUCGUAUAAGUACUUUAGAGUGCCAAAGUCUAAAACUCUUUCCGGCCCCAUUCAAGGCACUCUGAGAAAGAAUUUAGCAGAGACAGAGAUAUGGGCCCAUGUGACGGAGCCAAUCAAGAAAGCAUUGCUCAAGAAGUUUAAGCAAUCUGAGGACCUUCAUCAAAAGGCUUGUGCUUCAUUCCUUGCUAUCUUAAAGUAUAUGGGAGAUUAUCCUUCCAUGAAACAAAGGCUUAGCACAGAAUUGACUGACCAAGUUUUUGAGCAUGUUCUAUCUCAUGAAGUAUUAAGGGAUGAAGUUUACUGUCAACUUUUGAAACAAUUGACGUUCAACAAAUUAAGAGCUAGUGAAGAGAGAGGUUGGGAGCUCCUCUGGCUGGCCACUGGUCUGUUCCCAUGCAGUCAAGUUCUUCAUAAAGAGGUCAUACAGUUCUUGAGGUCACGUAUCAAACAAUGGCCGAUUGCCGCUGAAAUUCAACAACGAUUAUACAAAUCCGCUCAAUCUGGUGCUAGACGAUAUCCACCCCAUUUGGUUGAAGUUGAUGCAAUUCAAAACAAGACAGCACAAAUAUUCCAUAAAGUGUUCUUCCCUGAUGACUCAUGCGAGGUUUUUGAAAUUGAUUCAAGCACAAGGUCAUGGGAUUUAUGUGCAACAAUAGUAGAGAGACUUGGUCUAAAGUUCAAAGAAGGUUUCAGUUUAUUCGUAAAGAUUGGAGACAAGGUUAUCAGUGUACCUGGGGCUGACUUCUUUUUUGAUUUCGUGCGUCAUUUGACCGAAUGGUUGAAGAGAGCUAAAAGCAAAGAUGCUAAUUCUAAUCUCAGUUACAAAAUUUUCUUUAUGAAGAAACUGUUUGUAAACAUAACCAUAGGCAAAGACAGAAAGUCAGAUGUGGUAUUUCACUAUCACCAGGAGCUCCCUAAGUAUCUGAGAGGUUAUCACAAGUGUACUCGAGAUGAUGCAGCUCUUCUUGGUUCUUAUAUUUAUCGUGUUAAGUUUGGGGACACUAGGUCCCACUUUGGAGAAAUACCUCAAAUGUUGCGUGAGCUGAUACCCCAUGACAUGCUAAGGGAAUUCCAUCCAGAGGACUGGAAAAGAGCCAUUGCUGCUAAUUUCAGUCGUCAUGAUGCCAAAUCUUCAGAAGAGGCAAAGAUAAGUUUCCUCAAGUACGUGAACAGGUGGGAAACUUUUGGAUCCACAUUCUUUGAAGUCAGGCAAACAACAGAGCCUCAUCUGCCUGAAAUCUUACUCAUUGGUCUUAAUAAAAAUGGUGUCAUGUUGAUAGACCCAGCAAAUAAAGAUAUACUGGCCACUCAUCCGUUCACUAUGAUCACUAAUUGGAGCUGUGGGUCUAACUAUUUCCACAUGACUAUAGGAAACCCAAUCAAAGGCAGUAAACUGCUCUGUGAAACAUCUCUGGGUUACAAAAUGGAUGAUCUGUUGAACUCAUACAUAUCUCUUAUACUUGGUGACAUUAAAGAGAAGAAUCCAGAAACUGUGGGAGGAGCUGACAGCAGAUGCUAAAAGGGAUACUUUUUAUAAUAGAGAACAAAGACAUCACUUAAAAUUAUUAUUAUAUUUUAUUAUUAGGAGUUUA